AUGAAACUUUUAUUCGGUCUCGCUCUCUUCUGCCUUGUUCAAUUCGCUGCAACCAGCCUCAUGAGAAACUGGAUGCAUGAUUUCGAGAGUCGCUUUCCAGUCGAGGAGGAUACAGAAGAAGUCUUCGAUAUCAACAAGAUGCAUCCAAACAUGAUGGCCAGAUCAAGACGCGGAGAGAAAAUCAAGAUGUGCGGAGGAAAAGUGUGGAAGAUGGUCAUGGCGACAUGCGGUGGAGAGUGUACAACUGUCGAUGUGAACAUCGCAACUGCAUGCUGCGAGACAAUGUGCACAAUGGAAGAGAUCGGAGACUUGUGUUGCCCAGGACGUUGA